CCAAGUCUUCCCUCAUCCAUCUUCUCCCUAGUGUCUUACAUGUUGUCUCUUAUCGUCAUAUAAAAGUUUGAACGUGUCGUAGAAACAACAUGAUUGAUACUCCGACGACCCGCAAUACGAAACUGCUCCCGGACCCUUGCUUUGACCGCGGACUUUUGUGACACUGAUCUAUUGUUCUCUGGGUACAAGCAUGCAUCGUACAUUUAAGCUGUGGAUGCCACCCACAACAGCCACAAUACGCGAACAAACUUACAGCACUACAGCUCCUUUUCCAACCUAGAUCCCCAAUACCAUAUCUUUCCAUCAUAGUAUCCGUGUUUUAGAGACUACACCGCGCAAAAUGAACGAAGCACUCCUUCCUCACGCUGCCCACUCAUCCAACAACCUAAUCUCAGCUCCAAGUCAAGAGAACCUCUUCAUGGAUGAAACUACACUUGGCAAGCUAUCUCGUGCACAGCUACAAAAGGUAGCUAAGGCUCAUGGAGUAAAAGCGAAUAUGAAGAGCGUGGUAAUCAUUAGAGAGUUAGUGAAACUCGGCAAGGCUGUUCCCCUACUUCAAAAUGAAGAGAGCGGAGAGCCACCGAAAAAAAAGUUAAGGACGACAGAGGAGGGGCAUCCAGCAGCCGGUCCUUCAACACGAAACACGGACUUACCUAUGGAUACAAGUUCUGAUCCUCCCAUCAUCGAGGAAGAUUCCCCUACAUCCGUCCUGAUUCUGGCAGCAGAAAACAAGACACCUACAAAAGAAACCAGACAUACUGGUGCUCCUGACAAUCGAGCGGGAAAGUCGCCAAGUCUUUCGCCGUUAGUGACAAGUCCCGAUGAGCACCCAGCAGUGGAUGGUGAAUCCAGUGAUUCUGGUGAUUCCUACUUAUCCUACGGAAGUCCCAGUCAACAGAAAUCCCCUGUCAGCUCGCGUGCAGGAACUCCUCCUCCCGAAGAACCACAACUACUCAGCCGGGCUGUAGACACCAUGAAGCAGAUCACAGCCGACGAUCAACGCAUUCUCGUCCAGGCCGCCGCUCUCCGCAAGAGAGCAGCGGGGUUGAAAGAGCAGGCGAAGAAUGUGCGAGAUGUCGUGCGCGCCGAGCAGGGACGCCGAGUGAGAUUGGAGGCCUACUUCACGUACUGGAGGGAGAUUGAGCCCAAAUGGCCAAAAGAUUGGAUCUACGGAGAAGGCGAGGAGGAUCAGAUCCAGACUAAGCGAGUGCUGAAGACUAUGACGCCACCGCUACCGUCAACAGGACCGACAGGCCCACCUACCUUGUCUUCUGACGGAAGAGACGCACCAAACUCUCAUAGAGAAUUGAGAGGACCUCAACUUCGGCCACAACAGGAGGCUCAUGAGCAGGAAAAUGGGGCAGUUGACCCUCCUGCAGAAGUCGAGCAACCAGGUGAACGCGCCAAUUGCCUGCCCUCCCCGCAGUUUACAACCGACGGAAGAGCGGAAAAACGAAAACAUUGUACUUGAAUCGUUGACGAUUGAUAUUUCGAGCUUGAUCUACUGUUGCUACCACUUUACCCUCCGUUAUGAUAUAUCCUGUGAUAAUGUGUAUCACUCACAAGUCGUGUAAUUGUUAUACCUCACUGAUUGAAUUUGAUAGUGACGCCUGCCUGUCCAUCUGCUAUUGGACUCGGGACCAGCUUGCGUUCCCCGGUCUAGUUUGUGCUCCACA